AUGAUGUUCCUCAAGUGCGAUAGGGCAGACGGCCUCUCCCUGUUCGACCCCACCUCUGGUGCCUACCCUGCCCCGCCUGCUACUGCUGACAGCACUGUUCGCUCAAAGUGGGCGACACGCAAUGCUGCUGCCCGUCUUGCUGUGCGUCGCCACUUACCGACCACUGAGCGUGCGCACUUUAGCCAGUACAAGAGUGCUCAGACCUUGUACGACGCUGUAGUUGCACGCUACUCUUCCCCUGCCACUGCUGCACUGAGCCGCCUCAUGCCACCGUACCUCUUCCCUGACCUUGCUGCCUUUCCCACAGUCGCUGACCUCAUUACGCACCUCCGCACUAGUGACACUCGCUACCGCGUUGCGCUUCCUACUGCGUUCUGCGCCAAGAACCCCCCCCCAAUGUACAUCACCCUCUACUACAUAGUCACCCGGCUCCUUAACUCUCUUCGCUUAGUCAGGGACCACUUCCUCUCAUUUUGCCCCACCACACUCACCGUUGACCUCCUCGAGGAGUGCCUCCUAGUAGCAGAGAAGAGCAUAGUCGCUGUAGGAGCCUCUCGUGGUGACCCUCGCACCCCUGUCUUUGAGGGGUGUUCCCCCUCCCCCAACUUGCCCUCUAUUGCUUCUGCUGUUGCUGCCGACCUCGUUGGUUUCUACAGGGUCGGCACUGCGUCUGCCCCUAGCGGGAGACGCCGCACCGGCAAGGGCAAGGGGGGCAAGGGAGCUGGAGGGGCUAGCGGGCAGUCUUACGGAGCGUCGUGA